UUAGCAAAACUUAUAUAUAAGAUAGUAUAAUACUGUUCAUUGAAAAGAAAGAAAACAUGAAUGAAAUCAAGGAUAAUACGGUGCGAGUGGUCUUUAUAUCCUUGUUGCUGGAUCUCCUAGCAUUUACAAUGAUACUGCCACUGCUACCAGCUCUAUUGGAUUAUUACAAAGAGAUAGAAAAGGAACAUGGAUUGUAUUCUACUAUUUUGAAUCAUAUGAAGAGCAUACAAAUUUUCUUAAAUGCACCAGAUAAAGUCAGCACAGUUCUUUUUGGAGGUUUUCUGGGAUCUAUGUAUUCCUUCUUACAAUUUUUAGGCUCACCUAUCAUAGGGGCAUUAUCUGAUAUUUAUGGACGAAAACCUUUGAUGUUACUUUGCUUGACUGGCAUUUCACUCUCUUAUCUUUUAUGGGCUCUAUCUACAAAUUUUGGUAUAUUUGUAUUAGCCAGAUUUGUAGGUGGCAUUAGCAAAGGAAACAUCAGUCUAUCAAUGGCUAUUAUCAGUGAUGUCACAUCUCCAAAAAUUAGAGGAAAGGCAAUGGCACUUGUGGGAAUAGCCUUCUCCGUCGGUUUUGUUGUGGGACCAAUGAUAGGAGCAUUUUUUGCAUGGAUUUCCAGUAGUAAUAGAGAAGGCACAUGGUAUAUGGUACCAGCACUAUUUGCGCUCUUCCUUGCCUUAAGCGACUUAUUUUUUGUUACUUACUACUUGAAGGAAAGUCUGUCGUCGAAACAUAGAGCUGCCACUUUAGCAAAAGGAUUAUCUGGGGCAAUUUCUUACAUUAAUCCUAUUGACCUCUUCCAAUUUAACGGAGUCAUGAACUUGAGUGAGCGAGAUCAACAAGACUUGAAGAUAUUGGGCCGAGCAUAUUUUAUAUACCUUUUUAUAUACAGUGGUUUGGAGUUUACUCUGACAUUUUUGACUCAUCAUACGUUCGGAUUUACGAGUAUGCAACAAGGUUGGAUGUUUCUUGGGAUUGGACUGAUCAUGGCAGUUCUCCAGGGUGCUUGGGUCCGAAAUAUACCCCCGAAUAAAACUAAAACUAUCAGUGAACUGGGUUUAUGGCUAAUAAUUCCUGCAUUUAUAUGUAUCGGUAUUGCUACCAAUGUACAGAUGUUGUGUAUCGGAAUUUUUCUUUUCGCAGUUUCCACUGCGAUGGUUGUGACUUGUAUGAUGACUCUGGUAACACGUAUUGGACCCGAACAUCAGAAGGGUGCAAUCACUGGUAUAUUUCGAUCCCUGGGUGCACUGGCUCGGGCUUGCGGACCUAUCGUCGCGUCCUCAGCUUUUUGGUGCAUUGGGAGUGCCACAACGUAUUUAAUUGGAGCUGUACUUCUCACGCUACCGCCGCUGAUUUUGCAUAGCAUGCGUACUUUAUAACAUUUAGCAUACUCCUAAAUGUUAUGCUAUCCUCUGCCAUUUUUAAGCUUAAAAGGUAUACUUUACAUACAGUAUUUUUAUACCGUUUUAUACACAUUAGCUUUAUAAUUUAUACAU